AUGGAAAACAGUGUCCCACCUCCAGAGAAUCAGCAGUGUGGACAGAGGAUGAUUUUUACAGGUCCAGAUGGAAUAGGAGACUACAGGCCCAGAUCAAAUUAUUUCCCCCUGUAUGUUGGCGUGGGUGCCACUUCUCCGGGGGCCACAACCGAUCUCAGUUAUUUGUGGCGCGCUGCACCACACAGCCACCCCCCCAUGCCCAGGCGGAGAUACGUGGGUGAGGUGGGCUGGGGGUGGCAGCACAACCAGCUGUUGAACUAUGAUGUGCUGCUCAGCAAUACGCAAAUUAAGAAAACAGAGAUACGGGUGGCACUGGAAGACAAAGUCACUCAGAAGUUUCAGAAUCCACAGUAA